CCUCCUCCCUUUUCGACCCUCGCCAGCCUUUGUAAUCUCUCCCUGGAUCCCGCUGCAUUCAAGUUUAUUUAUUUCCUUGCCCGGGUAGGGGUUUUUCGUGUGUGUGUCUGUGUGUGUGUCUGUGUGUGUGUUUCCCUUUUGCUGCUGUUACCGCUGCUGUUGCUGUUCCGAAGAGAAAAGAGUAGCUGCGGAGAACGAGAUUGUCUGAUGUAGUCGUCGGCGGGAAGGGUUUUUUUCCCCCCCUUCUUUUCCCCUUCCACCUUUUCCAACUGAUCUGUGCGUCGAUACGAGUUGAUGUUCCUGAGACUGAAUCCGGCGCAGCAAGAGAGACACUUUUGAAAGCUGCACGGGAGAAUUGUUGGACCUCAUCGCUAGUGCGGGCGAGGCGACCGGGCUGACAUCGGCUUCUCCAGGAGUUUCCUUUAAAAUCGAGUUUUCAUCUCGUGUUCCCCACCUCGCUCUCGCCACCCCACCCCACCCUUCAGCCAAACUGUUUUAUUUGCGUCUCCUUGUUGGUUUGAGACAUCCCAGCGCUGCUUGGAUUGGCUGCUUAUUUAUUUUUUUUUUUUUUGCCUCUGUUGUUCCUUUUACUCUUUGGUGCACCCACCGCCCAGGGAAGGAAGGAGCACGAGAAAAACCCAUAAAGUCUCCUCCAGGACACAGACAGUUUUCUCCUCCUCCCGCUGUUGCAGCUGCAGAACCAGCCCUCCAACUCAGUUACCGCAGUCAGCCUCUUCGGGACUAGUUGGGGAAGAGGCAAGAUUAAAGGCGGGACCAAACUUUGUGGAGGGCUUGGGUGGCACCCCGGCACUCCCCCGGCCCAGCUGCCCGGGAGCUGGGUUCGAAUUCAGCCGAGACCCGUCUCUCCUGCCCAGCGCCUUUUCCUGAGCCGGCUGCGCCUAGUUCCUGCACUAGCCGCGAGGCUUGCCGAGCCAGAGCGACAAGAAAGAGCAAGUUAAAUCUUCUGGAGGAGAAAACGAAAAUAGAGAGCUAUACACCUAGAUAAAGAAACUGACGCCCAGCCGCCACCGUCCUACUUGCAGCUAACCAAAGUUACUUUGAAGGGGGCCCGGCGGAGCGAGAGCUUGGUGCUUGAGAGGACCCCCUCCCCUCCCCUCUCCCCCCCCCCCCUUCGGCUGCCGUCGCCGCCGAGGGGGCAGAGAUCGAGGCGGGGGAGCGAGUCGGUGCAUGUCUCCCCGUGGCCGUUGCCCGGACCUCCUGGUGAAUGUGCCGCCUGCUGCUGCUGCUGCUGUUGCUGCCGCCGCUGCCGCUGCCCGACUCGGCUCGUCCUUGCCCCUCCCGGGGUGGCCAACCUCCCGCUGCUGCUUUUUGAGAGACAGACAAGGAUUUGACAUCCUCCUUCCAACCCGCAUCGCGGCACACACUCUCCCCUUCCUCCGCUCCUCGGCUUCAUCUUCCGUUUUCUUUUAAUCUUUUUUUUCCUCUCCCCUCCCCCUAGCCCCCCGUGGGGGGUAGGAGACCUCUUCCGAUCGUCUUUUGCCACCCCCCCCCCCGCCUUCUUUAGGCUCUCCACCCCCUUUCCUGUUGUGGGUGUCCCUGUUCUUUUUUUUCCUUUCCUGCUAUUUAUUUAUUUAUUUGGCUCUGUGUGAGUGUCUGGGGGGGGGGGUGCGUGGUGCGUGUGUGCGCGCCUGUGUGUAUGUGUGUGUUUCGCCGUUGGCCGGGAGUGAUGUUGCACGUGGAGAUGUUGAUGCUGCUAUUUCUGGUGCUCUGGAUGUGCGCGUUCAGCCAGGAUCCCGGCUCCAAGGUGGUGGCCGAUCGCUACGCCGUCUACUGGAACAGCACCAACCCCAGAUUCCAAAGGGGUGACUAUCACAUCGAUGUCUGCAUCAAUGACUACUUGGAUGUGUUCUGUCCUCACUAUGAGGACUCAGUCCCCGAAGACAAAACUGAACGCUACAUCCUGUACAUGGUGAAUUUUGAUGGCUACAGUUCCUGUGAUCACACCUCCAAAGGAUUCAAGAGAUGGGAAUGUAAUCGACCUCACUCUCCAAAUGGACCUCUGAAGUUCUCCGAAAAAUUCCAGCUCUUCACUCCUUUCUCUCUAGGAUUUGAGUUCAGGCCAGGCCGGGAAUAUUUCUACAUCUCCUCUGCAAUCCCAGAUAAUGGAAGGAGAUCCUGUCUAAAGCUCAAAGUCUUUGUACGACCAGCAAACAGCUGUAUGAAAACUAUAGGUGUUCAUGAUCGUGUUUUCGAUGUUAACGACAAAGUAGAAAAUUCAUUAGAACCAGCAGAUGACACUGUCCAUGAGUCAGCCGAGCCAUCGCGCGGGGAGAACGCGGCACAAACACCAAGGAUAUCCAGUCGGCUGUUGGCAGUCCUACUGUUCCUCCUGGCGAUGCUUUUGCCGUUAUAGCACAGUCUAUUCCAGUAACCUGUCACAGAAAACAUCCGGGGUCGUGGAACAUCAGAGAUCCACCUAACUGCUCAUCCCAAGAAAGGGACUUUUUAUUGGUUUUUGCAGAUGUCAAAUUUUCCUUUUCUUUCUUUCAGCCUGAACGAGAAGCCACAAUUUUGGAGGCAUAACUAAUAUUCACCUUCCUCCGCUCCCAGUCCUUCCCAUCCCUUUCUCACUUUCUCAAAUUGUAAGGCCUCCAGAUGAAAAUGCCAAAUUGCAAUAGUAACACCAGUGAUCCUUAUUUUCCUGUGCAUUCUCCUUUAAGAACUCUCCUCCUUUAGCUUACUGUGUCACCUGAAUGCAGACAGGUAAGAAUAGUGGCAGAUUCAGUCAGUGAAGGGUCGGCCCAGGAGGGUUUUACUAUCUUGUACGCUAUUUAUACCUUCUCAUUCAGUACUGUAAGAUGAUCACGUAGGGCAUCAUGUAACCAUGUCAGGACUGGAGGGGAGAUAUUAAGAAUAGAUAUAACACCAUUUCCGCUAGGAGUUUCUAAAAGAACGGGCUUCUAAAAGGUAAAGACAUUGGUUUUAAUAUAACGGUCUUAAAGCAUUCUUAACAGUGAAGCUUGUGCUCUGGAAUGGAAGCUCUGUUCUACAAAGAGGGUUAUGUGUAGGAAUGCUAGCCCAAAGCAAGCAAGGUAAUAUAGAGAAAAAUACAUUCGGGGUGUGUAUGUGUGAGUGCCUCUGAUAUGUGUUGGUAAGUGGGUAGUGCACACCAGAUGUUGUUGGGUUUUUUUUUUCUUUGAAAACAGAUCACCAUGGUGCUACAAUUAUUUUUUAUUUAAACACACACAAACACACACACACACACAAAGAGGCAUUUUUGUGUAUAAAGUGACCUUCCCCAGGGCUCACAAGCCAGGGAUCAUGAUCUGAUAGCCUUGGAUGCUCCUCCCGAGCAAUCUGUACACAGACAGGCCCUCAGUGGCUAGAGGAAAGACGUUUGGGCCACUGGCUCUCCAGUGUCCUAGCACCUUCCUCUGACUCUCCCUCCCUACAGCCAUUUUGUGCUCCAAGUUCCUCAACCAAAGGAGAGCAAAACAUCAAUCCCCCAUUCAGGAGAGGCAGUCAGACCUGUUUGGGGGUGCAAAAGGGAAAAUGUCUUAAAGUUUGGAAUAAGAAUUCAAGUGUUGGUGUUUCCUAUUCUAUCCCUUGGACACAGCUUAAAGAGUAGAGGGAACAUGGGUUUAAGUGCAGGAGAUAAACCAGAAGGGGUCCCAAAGACUUUAACGAAAUAUUUUUUUAAAAAUCCACUAGAAUAGAAAAUACAUUAUUUAGAUAUACUUUAUCCUGAGAGUGAGUAUAUAUGCUUGUCCUAUUUGAACUUGUGAGAAAAGUGGUAUCCCUUUAUACGUUGAAGAAUAUGGGGAAAUAUCUUGUUUCGUGGAGAAAGUGGGAUGACCCUAUUUAAGGAAUCUGAGCAUGAUUAAGAUGGGGUUCUAGAAGUCGAUCGCCAGGAAAUGCAAGCCUUGGGGUUUCUACUGGCCUGGCUGCCAUGAACUUUGAACUCCAAAGUCUAGUCAGGGAAAUGUGUCAGACCAAUGGAAAAUCUAGCCCUUUUUUGCUAUAUUGGUUGAAACAAAGCCUUUCAAAAGAAAAAAAAGAACUGUAUCAUGCUAAAUGUGAAAACUGGACUGCAUUCCAACAAAAUAAGGAUUUUUAUAUAUCAGUUUGGGUUUUUUUUAAUGAAACACACACUUAACAGGCAAUUGGGCAUCUAAAUGGAUAGGAUUUAAGAAUGGGAGAAAAGUUCCUGCUUAGAAUUUCAUGCAGUCCAAAAAUACACGAAUGAAGGACAAACAGUGAUGUUAUGGCAUCCAGGAGAGCUUCACUCGUAUUCACCUAGAGCCUGGCUCACCCAAUCCCACCCAGUCUGGCAUAGAGAGUGAUUACAGAAACUGUCCUUGAAAAGGUCUAGAGGAGUGGGGUUGUUGAUCUCACAGAAACCAUCAAGCUAAUCUUUCAUUGUCAGAGAGCGCUCGGCAGACAACCACAAUCUAGCAUUUACGGCAGCCACCAUUUCAUUGAAAAAGGAGCUCACAUCAUUCAGUGACCUCUUUUUCUCGGGGUACUCUUGGUGAACCUGGUGGCGUUUCUUUCUAUUAAAGAUCGCGGGACUGUCGGGACAGUCGGGUUUGGGCGAGAAAAAUGACACCUUCUAAAAUAGAUCAGUAGAUAGAAGCAAAAUAAUCCUGUGUGCUCCAUAACCCACAGGCAAACAAGCCCCAUAAAUGAGUGCAGGCAGUUGUUAUAAGGGCAUUAACCGUACUGAGUUCAUUCUCGAAACGGUGAAUUCUCUGGUUUUCUAGCAUUUGUCCCUAAUUGAUAAGGAAAUAAUGGCAGGGCUUUCCUUUUCACGAGUGGCAUUCACGGUGAAGUUAAACCCCAUUGCUCUCCAUAGUGCCACUGCUAAUUAAGUGAAAAACAGCAAGGCUAUUAAGGCCAGUAGACCGAGUGCUCCACCAGCUAUAAAUGACAUCAUUGUGAGGGUAGUGUACCUACUAGCUAGCCUCCUGGAUUACUUGAUGACAUCAGGCAAUCUCAGUCCUUUUAAGAAAGUGCCGGUAUGUUUCUUUUUUGUGUUGUUUCAACCCUCUGGAAGCUCAGGAGGAUGUGUCGAGCAGCUUUUCAACAAACACGAACCCAAACAAAACAGCAACUCAGCCUGAAGGGCGACGCCGGCUGCCCCGUGGCUCCAGAUAGAACCCCCCAGUGACCUGCACUCCUGGUUGCCAAGGGCUUUGCCACAUGAAGCAGGGAAAUAAGGAUCAGUCUGUUUAGUGGAUACUGUGUAUCCUUCAAUGGACAAGGAAACAUUGCGUGUUCAGAACAUUGUUUUGUACUGUACUUUCUUGGAUGGCGAAGGAAAGACAAGUAAAACACACACAAAAAAAGCUACGUUCUUUCAAUUCUGUAUUAUUAGCAACCUCUGUUGUAUAUAGUGUUUGAUAAUAAAGUAUUAAUUUGAUUCUUAUGUCUUUUGUAAGUGAGAACAGUAGACUUUCAGAUUACUAAAACAUGCAUUGAUUAUAAGACAGAGCUUUGAAGCAUCAAAAGUGUACAUGGCUGAGAACCGCGUAACAGGUGGCCGUGACACUGCAGCAUACAGGAAUCAUCUGUGAAAAUCGCUCACCCGAUCUCAAGACAUCACAAUGUCAGGUCCCAGUAUAACAUGACUUUUGGUGAUCAAUGUUUUGUCCUCAAUGUUUAAGGUCUGAUGUGGGAGCCCUGUAAUUCUUUUUUUUUCAGCAUGUUGGUUCUUAAAGGCUUAGGGGAUUUAGUAAUGGUUCUGUACCUUCCGUUCUGUUUUCUGUUUGAUUUUGUUUUCAUGGACUGUUUUUCAGGAGGAGUCUUGCCAGUAUCAUGUGUGGCAUGCGCAUGGACUUGAAUCCCAAACUGCCAAUUUGGGAAAGUUGAAAUGUGGGUUAUUUCUGCUUCUGUGAAAUUGUGGAAGGAAAAGAAAAAUUUAGUGCACCUGUAAAUUUUCCAAGAAACCUGGGGUGACCCAUUGCCUUGUGACAGAGGUGGUUCGGUCAGUUUCAGAAACUCAGAAAAGUGUUUAACUCCUCCCCUCCAUUCAUCCCACUCAGAGUUGUAGUCACUAGUUUUGAUUUUUAACACCCCCUUGCUCCCUACCCUCUUUACCCUCCCCCAUUUAUCUCUUUCCUUCCCUCCACUUUCCUUUUUGAAAAAAUAUUUUCUUUGUCUUUUUUUUUUUUUGGAGCAGUGAAUGGGCAGAUCUGUUUCUGGUUUGGCAUCACUGAGUUUUUCCCAUGCAUUUGCCCUUGAGCUUCUCAGAUGUGAGACCAAUCUCCCUACAAUAGGCUUGCUGCCUUUGUCUGUACAGUUUAAUAGAUGCUGGCAUGUUGGAGGUUACCCAUGAGUCUGCGAAAUCCGCUUUCCAUGCUUACUCUUGACACCCCAUUGAAGCCACUCAUUGUGUGUGCAUCUGGGUGUGAAAAAUCCAGCUCAGUGUGGUCCUGUGCUUGUACUGCCCUGCUUUGCAGUUCCUUUGCACUUAUUCAUUGAGUGCUGUUUGAAAUGCUUACCUUAUAUGAACUUAAAAAAGAAAAUGUAAAAAAAAAGCCACAAACAAACCCUAAGAUCUGUAUUUGUAUAUACACGUGUCCGUACAAUUAUACCUAAAUAAAAAUUAAAGAUUUUCAUCAUUUUAAUUGGA